CUCCGCCGGUGCCCGGCCCGGGCGCAGCGGUCGCGGCAGCCUGCGGGCCUCAGGCCGCGAGCCCCGGGGCGGCCGCAGCGCUGCACGGGCGAGCAAGCGGGAGAUGCCGAAGCUGCGCGGGGAAGCCUUCUGGAGGGAGACGCUGCGGAGUGCCCACUACGUGGUGGCGCCCAUGGUAGACCAGAGCGAGCUGGCCUGGAGGCUGCUGAGCCGCCGCCACGGCGCCCAACUCUGCUACACACCGAUGCUGCACGCCCAGGUCUUCCUCAGGGACGCCAACUACCGCCGCGAGAACCUCUACGACGAGGCCUGUCCCGAGGACCGCCCGCUCAUCGUGCAGUUCUGUGCCAAUGAUCCUGAAGUGUUUGUCCAAGCAGCACUCUUGGCUCAGGAUUACUGUGAUGCCAUAGACCUAAAUUUGGGUUGCCCCCAAAUGAUUGCAAAGAGAGGUCACUAUGGAGCAUUCCUGCAAGAGGAGUGGGAUCUUCUUCAGAGAAUGAUUUUACUGGCUAACGAGAAGCUCUCUGUUCCCAUCACAUGCAAAAUCCGCGUUUUCCCAGACAUUGACAAGACAGUGAAGUAUGCACAGAUGCUGGAGAAAGCUGGCUGCCAGCUGCUGACUGUCCAUGGCCGUACUAAAGAACAGAAAGGACCACUUGCUGGCGUGGCAUCUUGGGAGCACAUUCAAGCUGUAAGAAAAGCUGUAAACAUUCCUGUAUUUGCAAAUGGAAACAUCCAGUGUCUCAGUGAUGUGGAAGAAUGCAUCCGUAAGACAGGAGUACAUGGUGUCAUGAGUGCAGAAGGUAAUCUUCAUAACCCAGCUUUGUUUGAGGGCCGGAACCCAUUGGUGUGGGAGAUGGCUGAGGAGUACCUGGAGAUCGUGCGGAAGUACCCUUGUCCAUUGUCUUAUGUUAGGGCUCAUCUCUUCAAGCUCUGGCAUCACACGCUUCAAGUUUACCAGCAGCUGCGUGAAGAAUUAGCAAAAGUGAAGACUCUUGAGGGCAUUGUAGAUGUCAACAGGGAGCUGAAACUGCGAUGCCAGGAAGAAAUAGCUAAUCAGAAAGAAGGAGAAAAGCCAAAAGAAGGGUUGCCUUUUUUCCACUGGAUCUGUCAGCCAUACAUCAGGCCAGGGCCAAAGGAGAGAUGCAGGGAGAAUGGAGAUAGUGGAACUGAAAAAGGUGUGCGAGGAAAACGUGCUCUGGAAGAAGAGGAAGAUGGAAAUUCUGAGCUUCUGUCAAAGAAUAAACAAAAAAAGAAGUUAAGAAAUCCAAAUAAAAGCUUUGAUCCAUCUUUAAAACCCAAGUAUGCAAAAUGUGAUCAAUGUGGAAACCCUAAGGGCACUAAAUGUGUGUUUAACAUGUGCCGAGGAUGCUGUAAGAAAAGAGCAUUCAAGGAGGUAGCAGAUUGUCCAGGUCAUGGAUUACUUUUUAAGACCAAGUAUGAAAAAUCCCUUUCAUGGCAGCACAGUCAAAGAGGAAUUCAGACCCCAGAGAUCAGUCAGAGAGGAGACGCAGAGGUGGGGGAGACAGCAGUGCUGAAGGAGGCUGGUGACAGUACAGGGUGAAGCUUUGGAAAUGAACAGUUCAAGACCUCCUGCCAGACCACUACACUACUUCCCUGGGCCAAAGAAUGUGUCAUCUCCAGCUCACUGUCAGCUGUGUGAACUUCUUCCACAUAAUUAAGUUCUGGAAAAGUUUUAUUUAAGUAAAAAACUGCUUACUCAGGGAAUUAUCCUGCAUUUGAAAUAAAAGAGAUGCAAUUAAAUGUCUAAUGCUGUAUUUGAAAGACUGAAAAUGGUGCAUUUUUGGGUGGAGACAAUUUCUGAAGCUGCCAUUACACUCCACCUCCUGUAUGCUCAUUAACCCUUCAUGUUCUGUUUUUAAUACUGGCAACUAAAUUUAUUGUAUUAGAACAGCCUUCUGGCAUGCUAAAAAUAACAGUUCGGUGACUUCCUCACUAACAGAAAAUGUGUCACA